AUGGAGAUUAGUCGAUACGGUUUCGGUUUGAACCCACAGGAUCAGUUGUUCAGAAGAAAAGUUAUUCCAAUCCACGCGGGAUUUAUUUUUGUUUCUUCUUCAGAGGAUCAACCCAACUUGAACGGUCACCAGAACGAAUCUGUACAAGUGAGUCGUAAACGUUCAGUCCGUUUUGGUGACGGGGAUCAGUUAAUCACCGCGGUAUUCGAACCGAGUAGUCCUUGGAUGAACGAACCACUGAACCCGUAUGAGUUGGCUGGGGCGUAUAAAUUACGAUGUGAUAUCGAAGGUGUAGCACCACUGUAUUCGGUACUGGCUCAGCUCGAGGUAAUCAAUCUCAAAGAUUCCUAUGCGCGACGCGAUUUGUUCACACUCAAAGGGACCCAGCUGAAAGGACCUCAUAUUGAAUUGUUAGAGGAAGUGUUCAAACGUGUGCAAUUUGAACUGAUCAAUUUGGAAAAUACAAAUCUGACAGAUGAG